UCAAAACAACGGGGAGCUCGGAACUGAGAAAUCUCUGACUUCCAAAUUCAGUGCGUUCAAGACAACUGGGAACUCGGGAAAAAACGAGCUCCGACUGGGAAAAUCUUUUGAACAGUCAUCAAACUCUGAAUUCAAGUCCGGAACUGGCGCCUCUUACUAGAGCUCCGAACUGAAAAUCACUGGCGUCAUGAUUUGACCGCGUUUUUCCCAGUUGCCUUGAAAGCACCAUUAGGAUACAGCUGGCGCUUAAACCAAGUAGCGAAAACUAAAACGGACCCUUACCUUAACCAAACCCUUAAACAUAACACUAACCUAUACAUUCUGAAAUAUCGGGUUGGGCGUCAGGCGUGUCCUAAAAGGUGUUUUCAUGUGUUGUCCAUGUCAUUGCGAACCAUAUAGCCAAGUCUGAAUGUAGUUUCUAGUCAGUAAUAUUAAUUUAAUAUUGAUAACACAUACAGUCUACACCCGACAAAUCAAGAGCCUACAAAAAAGUAAAGAAAGUGACAACUAAAUCCAAAGGUCUAUAGUCUAGACAUCCGAGUUCCCACAAUUUUCAAAUGCUUCGGGUCUGGUUUUCGAGACUAGUGGUGUUGGGUGAUUAUGGGCCCAGUCACUUUUCGGUCACUAUCGCCUAAUUGUUAUUUCCACUUCUGCAGUAAGUAUCUGAAACGAUGUGGAUGCAAUACAUAUUGUGAUGUUUACAAGACUACCAGUUAAUAGAACAGUUAGUGGAACUUUGGCCAUAAUGUGUACGUUGUUUUCCUUUAAAAUAUAAAUUUACCAUGAGAGUAGGAAUUGGGCCUGUGUCGCACUUUGUUCCCAAACAGCGAUGCCUAGUGACGCCUACUAAGUAUGACAUGUGAACUAAUAUCGAACUAUGAAACAUUGUUGACACAUUGUUACAGUGUAACUUCAGCGGAAAUGUUGCUAUUUGGUCGUGCCUAUUGGAAAGUAUCUAGUAAUCCUGCGUUAUUCGGAUAGGUAUUAAAAUAAUUUCUCCAGCAAAUGGUCUCAAAAUAAUGUCUUAAUAAAGGUGAAUAAAUAAUGGUUUUAAUGACAGGCCUUAAAAUUUAAACAAUUGUUCAUUUGGAACUAAACAAAAAUAACCACAAUUGUUUUCUUACAAAUGUAUGCAUCAGCCGGGGGGCAUGUUGGGUAAGGAUCUCAUUACAACUCCGUGAAUUGUAGGCGACACAGGAACAGUGUCCCAGACUUGACCAAGCUAAAUGAUCAAACCAUUUAACCGUUAGGUGUUUAACAUCGCAGAUCGACAUCUCAUCAGAAUCCACUUGGUGCCCAUAUCGCAUGUCAUAAUGUCAAAGUCGGAUUUCCCUCCAGCCUAUGAAGAUGCACUACAUGGCCCCAGGCCCCGGCAUGGGAACUACCCACAGCCCCCACCAGCGUAUGGACCAUACCCUGCUCAGUCCUCAGCUCAAUACCCAGGACAAGCAGGGUACCCUCUGGGCUACCCUCCUUCUGGGAUGCCUUAUUCCAUUCCUCUGGGAAUGCCCACCUCCAACCCAGUGGAAGACGAUGAAUUUCCAUAUUCUACAGCAUGGGAAAGCAUUUCUAUUCGACAUGCGUUCAUCCGAAAAGUGUACUUAAUAUUGGCUGCUCAGCUCAUCGUCACUGUAUCAAUUGUGGCUGUGUUUACAUUUGUUGAGGAAGUACGUGCAUUUGUCAUUAGGAACCCAGCCGUGUAUUGGACAUCAUUCGCUGUUUAUUUAGUCACUUAUUGCAUUCUUGUCUGCUGCGAAGGGCCAAGGAGACGCUUUCCUUGGAACUUUGUGCUGCUGGCCAUUUUUACACUGGCCAUGUCCUACAUGACAGGAACAAUAUCAAGUUACUAUGACACAAAAGCAGUGUUACUGACCAUUGGAAUAACAGCAAUAGUGUGCAUAAUUGUCACCAUCUUCUGCUUUCAAACUAAGGUGGAUUUUACAUCUUGUGGGGGACUUUUCAGUAUUCUUGCCAUCGUAGUCUUGGUUACUGGGAUCAUUACAGCCAUCGUACUAUCCUUUAAAUAUGUCCCAUGGCUUCAUAUGCUCUAUGCUGCAAUUGGAGCUGUCAUUUACACCCUGUUUUUAGCAUACAACACCCAGCUUCUCAUUGGAAACCGCAAGCUUUCCAUCAGCCCAGAGGAGUAUGUUUUUGGAGCACUUUCACUUUAUGUUGACAUUGUCCAGAUCUUCAUUUUCCUCCUGCAACUAGUUGGGGCUUCCACAGAUUAAAGGCAGGAGGAUGACAUACGACCUAGUGUGGAUGGAUCCUACUUAUAUUG